AUGAAGAUCCAAUAUCGGGAUACAUCACUUGAUCUUGAGGAUGAGCCCGAUGAAAACAUUCUUGGCCUGGCCACCAGAUGCGCCGAGCACAUCGCCGCCGAUGUCGAGCGGGUUUCACUAUUCUUCCUUCCCAAACCAGGCCUCGUCAAGUUUCCAUUCCCGGACCGCCAGUUGAAGGAUUUUAUGACUCCCACCACCCGAAUCAAAUUGGUCGGGGCACCCAAUAGUGAAGUCAAGAAGAUGGAUGACAUAGGGGCGGCCAGUCAGCGGCGCGGUAGACCCAGUACGGUUAAAACAGUCGCGGCCAACAAGAACCGAGACUGGAAGAAGGUGCGAGAGGAAAGCAUGUAUACAUUUCAUGCCAUUGAGCCCCUAAACUACCUACCGAACCCCGAGAAGAGCAAACGAUUUCUCGAGAGAUUAGCCAAUGAUCCGGGCAUCAAGGCUUCGAUGCGCAAGCAUAAAUUCAGUGUUGGGCUCCUGACCGAGAUGAACCCUGCAGAACACACGACACAUGAAUCCAAGACGCUGGGGUUGAACAGGAACGCGGGUGAGGUGAUUGAACUACGGCUACGAACUGAUCGAUACGACGGUUACCGGGACUACAAGGUGAUCAGGAAGACGCUUUGCCAUGAGCUGUCACAUAACGUCUGGGGAGACCACGAUCGCAAUUUUUGGAACCUCACCAAAGAAAUUGAACAGGAGGUGGAGCGCAACGACACUCUCCAUGGUGGACAUCGGUUGUCCAACGAAGAGUUCUACGACCCGAAUGACACGUAUGAUGUUGCAGAACACGCGGACGACGGUGGGUGGAGAGGAGGCGAUUUUGUGCUGGGACGCUCCAAGGACAGUCCAAGCGAGGCUGGCCUCAGCCGACGUGAAAUCAUAGCACGAGCCGCGAUGAACCGACAACAACGAGAGCGAGAAGCGGAGGCACGAGAGAGACAGGAGUCGCCGCCUUGA